CCAGAGCCCCACGCCUGGCCAUGUUCCGGCAGGCGUGUUGAGGCACAGCCGCACCGGCCGAGCAGGAAGCUGACUUGCAGGCACCUGGUGGUGCCGACCGGGCUGCUGUUGGGCUUGCGCUGGCGGCCGGGGAGCUGUGGCAUUUGGUGCCUCGGGAGACCCUGGGACGGAGAUCCCACAGCUGCGGCGUGCGAUGGGCGACAGACCCAGCGGCCACCCCAGCGGCAGGGGACACUGGGGGAGCACAACCACGUCCGGGAAGCCUCCUGCCACCUGCUGACCCUGGCCACCCCACCACCAGCUGGGCCACCACACCCCUUCCUCCAGCAUGGCUCCCCCGCCGACCGGGACCCUCAUCCCUGCCUCUCUGCCUGAGGACCCGGGGCCUGCUCCUGACAGCAGAUGGUUUUUCCUGCGCACCAACGUUCUGCCUGUGGUGGAGCGGUGCAUGAGUGCCAUGCAGGAAGGGACGCAGAUGGUGAAGCUCCGAGGCAGCUCCAAGGGCCUGGUCCGCUUCUACUACCUGGAUGAGCACCGCUCCUGCCUGCGCUGGAGGCCCUCGCGCAAGAACGAGAAGGCCAAGAUCUCCAUCGACUCCAUCCAGGAGGUGAGUGAGGGGCGACAGUCGGAGAUCUUCCAGCGCUACCCCGACGGCAGCUUCGACCCCAACUGUUGCUUCAGCAUCUACCAUGGCAGCCACCGCGAGUCGCUGGACUUGGUCUCGCCCAGCGGGGACGAGGCGCGGACCUGGGUCACCGGCCUGCGCUACCUCAUGGCCGGCAUCAGCGACGAGGACAGCCUGGCCCGCCGCCAGCGCACCAGGGACCAGUGGCUGAAGCAGACGUUCGACGAGGCCGACAAGAACGGGGACGGCAGCCUGAGCAUCGGCGAGGUCCUGCAGCUGCUGCACAAGCUGAACGUGAACCUGCCCCGGCAGCGCGUGAAGCAAAUGUUCAGAGAGGCAGACACGGAUGACCACCAGGGGACGCUGGGCUUCGAGGAGUUCUGUGCCUUCUACAAGAUGAUGUCCACGCGCCGGGACCUCUACCUGCUGCUGCUCACCUAUAGCAACCACAAGGACCAUCUGGACCCUGCCGACCUGCAGCGUUUCCUGGAGGUGGAGCAGAAGAUGCAGGGUGUCACCCUGGAGUGCUGCCGCGACAUCAUCCAGCAGUUCGAGCCCUGCCCGGAAAACAAGAGCAAGGGCGUACUGGGCAUCGAUGGCUUCACCAACUACACGCGGAGCCCUGCGGGUGACAUCUUCAACCCCGAGCACCACGGUGUGCACCAGGACAUGACGCAGCCCCUGAGCCACUACUUCAUCACCUCGUCCCACAACACCUACCUCGUAGGAGACCAGCUCACGUCGCAGUCGAGGGCAGACAUGUACGCCUGGGUCCUGCAGGCCGGCUGCCGCUGCGUAGAGGUGGACUGCUGGGACGGGCCUGAUGGGGAGCCCAUCGUCCACCACGGCUACACGCUGACCUCCAAGAUCCUCUUCAAAGAUGUCAUCGAGACCAUCAACAAAUAUGCCUUCCUGAAGAACGAGUACCCUGUGAUCCUGUCCAUCGAGAACCACUGUUGCGUUGUCCAGCAGAAGAAGAUGGCGCAGUACCUGACUGACAUCCUCGGGGACAAGCUGGACCUGUCGGCCGUGAGCAGCGAGGACGCCUCCAUGCUUCCCUCUCCCCAGAUGCUCAGGGGCAAGGUCCUGGUCAAGGGGAAGAAGCUCCCAGCCAACAUCAGUGACGAUGCGGAGGAAGGCGAGGUGUCUGAUGAGGACAGUGCCGACGAGAUCGACGAGGACUGCAAGCUCCUCAACGGGGAUGCCUCCACCAAUCGGAAGCGUGUGGAAAACAUUGCCAAGAAGAAACUGGAUUCUCUAAUCAAGGAGUCAAAGAUCCGAGACUGUGAAGACCCCAACGACUUCACAGUCUCCACCAUGUCCCCGUCAGGGAAACCUGGGCAUAGAGCAGAUGCCAAGAAGAGCAAAGCUGAGGAGGACGUGGAGCCUGGGGAGGACGCCGGGGCCAGCAGACGCAACAGCCGCCUCCUCAUGAGUAGCUUCUCCAAGCGCAAGAGAAAGGGCAACAAGCUAAAGAAGGUGUCCAGCAUGGAGGAGGGGGACGAGGACCCGGACUCACCAGGAAGCCAGAGCCGAGGGACAGCCCGGCAGAAGAAGACCGUGAAGCUGUCCCGGGCCCUCUCGGACCUGGUGAAAUACACCAAGUCCGUGGGCUCUCAUGACGUGGAGAUGGAGGUGGCCUCGAGCUGGCAGGUGUCGUCCUUCAGCGAGACCAAGGCCCACCAGAUCCUGCAGCAGAAGCCGGCGCAGUACCUGCGCUUCAACCAGCACCAGCUGUCGCGCAUCUACCCCUCAUCCUACCGCGUGGACUCGAGCAACUACAACCCGCAGCCCUUCUGGAACGCUGGCUGCCAGAUGGUUGCCCUGAACUACCAGUCAGAGGGGCGGAUGCUACAGCUGAAUCGGGCCAAGUUCAGUGCCAACGGCAACUGCGGCUACGUGCUCAAGCCCCCAUGCAUGUGCCAGGGUGUCUUCAACCCCAACUCUGAGGACCCCCUGCCUGGACAGCUCAAGAAGCAGCUGUCCUUGAGGAUCAUCAGUGGGCAGCAGCUCCCCAAGCCACGGGACUCCAUGCUGGGCGACCGCGGAGAGAUCAUUGACCCCUUCGUGGAGGUGGAGGUCAUCGGGCUCCCUGUGGACUGCAGCAAGGAGCAGACCCGUGUGGUGGAUGACAAUGGAUUCAACCCCAUGUGGGAGGAGACGCUGGUGUUCACGGUACACAUGCCCGAGAUCGCGCUGGUGCGCUUCCUGGUCUGGGACCACGAUCCCAUUGGGCGGGACUUCAUUGGCCAGAGGACGCUGGCCUUCAGCAGCAUGAUGCCAGGCUAUCGGCACGUGUACCUGGAGGGGAUGGAAGAGGCCUCCAUCUUUGUGCACGUGGCCAUCAGCGACAUCAGCGGUAAGGCCAAGCAGGCUCUGGGCCUAAAAGGUCUCUUCCUCCGAGGGGCAAAGCCAGGCUCCCUGGACAGUCAUGCUGCUGGGCAGCCCCUGCCCCGGCCCUCCGUUAGCCAGCGGCUCCUGCGGCGCACGGCCAGCGCCCCGACCAAGAGCCAGAAGCCGGGCCGCAAGGGCUUCACGGAGCUGGCACUGGGCACACGGGACGUGGGCUCUGAGGGGGCAGCAGACGACGUGGUGCCCCCCAGCCCUGGCCCCCCUGCAGAGACCCCGGCCCACAAUGGCCUGGGCAGCAGCAACUCCCGAGACGCCCGCCCCUUCUCUACACAGCGGUCCGUCUCCCCCUUGUGCAGCCUGGAGCCCAUCGCGGAGGAGCCAGCCCUGGGCCCUGGUGCCCCUGCCCAGGCAGCCACCCCCACCAGCCCUCCCAGGGGCCAGCCCCAGUCCUUUGUGGGGCCUGCAGCCAAAGUGGCCAGUCCUGCACGGACAGCUCGGGAACCUCCUGGCCCCGUCCAGCUCAGGACUGGGGGCCAAGGGGACAAUGAAAAGGCUCCCAGAAAGCUGCUCAGCGGUGCGGGGCCUGGUGAGGCACGCGAGGGGGCCACUGGCAGCCAGCCAGACAGCAGGAGUCAGCCACGAGCCCUGGGCCUUCUGCCUGUGGUCAGAAGGGCCAAGAGUGAGGGCCAGGUGCUCUUGGAACCCUUAGGCGCAUGGCGGCCGCUGGCUGGGCCCUCCCCCACCCCUGCCAUCUACUCGGACGCCACAGGCAGCGACCGGAUAUGGCAGAGGCUGGAGCCAGGCAGCCACCGAGACAGUGUGUCCUCGUCUUCCAGCAUGUCCUCCAGCGACACUGUCAUAGAUCUCUCCUUAACGAGCCUGGGCCUGGGCCGCAGCCGCGAGAGCCUGGCUGCGACCCCCCUGGGCCGCCUGCCCCUGAGGCCUGGUUCGGCCUCUACCAUCCGCCCGGACCUGCCUCCUGUGACCAAGAGCAAGUCGAAUCCCAACCUGCGGGCUGCGAGCCAGCUGCCUCCCAUGCCUGACGCGCUGCGGCCCCGGCCUCUGGCCCCACGCCUGCCUGGCCCACGUCCCCGGCCCUCCUGGAGGGGCCUCGCCCUGGUGGGCCUGCAGGACUGCCCGGUGGCUGCCAAGUCCAAGAGCCUGGGGGACCUGACAGCUGAUGACUUCACCCCCAGCUUUGAGGGCAGCUCCCACAGCCUGGGCCGGAGCCUGGGCCCCCCAGGCAGGGUGCAGCGGGACGCCCUGACAGAGCAGCUGCGGUGGCUCACUGGCUUCCAGCAGGAUGGGGACAUCAUGUCGCCCACCAGCCUGGGCCCAGCUGGGGAUGGGGCAGCCGGGGCCCCCGGCUUCCUGCGGCGCUCCUCCUCCCGCAGCCAGAGCCGUGUGCGUGCUAUUGCCAGCCGGGCCCGCCAGGCUCAGGAGCGGCAGCAGCGGCUGCGGGGCCUGGACCCACGGACACCCCCAGAGGAGGAGCGGGGCACCCCCGAGGGCGCCUGCUCCGUGGGCCAUGAGGGCUGUGUCGAUGCCACAGGCCUCCCCAAGGGUGCCCUGGAGCAGGUGGCUGGUGCCGCCGACAGCUUGCUCCUGCUGAGGCUCUGAGUCCGUGAACAGUGCUGCCGGUGUCCUGGGACCCAGCCCACAGCCCGGAGAGCGAGCUAGGCUACAUCCAGCCCAGGCUGCCCCUGCUCCGGCCCUGCAGAAGCCCAGGAUGUGUACAGAGAGUGCGGAAGUUUAAGACAGAACUCAGCAUCCAAGUGCUGCCCCGCCCUCCCAUCCUCCCUGGUGUCCAGUCCUUGGGUGCAUGUGGCGAGCCUGUCCCCAGGGUCCCUCCGCGCCCAGAGCUGCUCCAUCCCCCCACCCAACUGUACCUCACGCCCUGUGGAUGGUCGUCCCCGUAGGGGCGUUCUGAAGACUACACUCCUGGAUACAGCUCCAAUAAAUGAGUUCAUACCUGC